AAAAAUUCAUCUAAAUUUUGUGUAGAAAGUUUAGAAGGGACGCCUCAAAGGGGAAAAACACACUCGCAAGCGAAAAUCCCAUCGCAUUGCGGCGCUGGGAUAUCUUCACUGAAAUAUUGUUGAUAUUUUUAUUUUUUAAAAUAUAUUUUUCUUUUUUGGGGGAGAAAUUGAUGGCGGGGAAGGAGACCGAGUCCUCGAGCGGAGAGAUAAAGCCUGUAGAAGAAAUAAACGCAGAAACAGCACCGACUGAGCAGCCCCUACUGCAGAAAGGGAGUGAUGACGGCGGCGGUGGAGGAGGAGGAGGAGGAUGGGGCGGUUGGGGUUUCUCUCCGUUUUCUUAUCUCUCAGAUCUUCAAAAGGCCGCUGCUAUCGCUGCCGAAGAGAUCUCUCGCAAUGCCGUUGAGGUAGCUAAAACAGCAGCAAAAGGCGUUGCAGAAAUCCAGACUGCUGAAGACUCUGAAUCUUCCAAGGAGGAUGAUGCAGAAGCAUCUGCGGUUGAAGAGGAAAGUGAAGAUGAAAAUGAAAAGCGGCGGAAGGCAGCUCUUGAGAAACUAGAAAAAGCAAGUGAAGAAUCUUUCCUUGGCCAGGGUUUGAAGGUUCUGGACAACAAAAUGGAAACUUUUGCAUCAGGAGCUUGGCAAGCAUUAGGAAAUGCAUGGAAAGGGAGCUCAACCUUAGUUAAACAACUUGAGAAUUCUGCUACCAACUUUGCUGAAUCCAUUCAUCAUGGUGGUUUACCUGGAGCAAAUGGCUCAGUUGCACCAUCAUUACUAGAGAGUGGGAAAGCACUUACUGCAAAGGGAAUACAGGUUCUUGAAUUUGUUGGCAAAGAGACUAUGGAUCUUCUGAUUGCAGAAACUGGUAUGGAAGUUGGGAAAAAUUUUAAAGCUGGAGGGAAAACAGAAGAAGAUCAGUUAUUUGAGGAAGUUACUUUUGAUCGAUGCUUCUAUAUUUAUGGAGGUCCAGAGCAAUUGGAGGAGUUGGAGGCAUUGUCCAACCAUUAUGCGCUAUUGUUUAAUCGAAGAAAAGCUAAGCUGUCAUCUGAACAGAAGUCUGUUUAUGAUGGAAAGCUUAAACUGGUCCAGCAGAUUUUUGACUUGAGUUCUGAAAUUGAUGGAAGUGAUGUUGAGUCUGAAAAAGGAAAGAAGAUAGAUGCUGGAAUUGAGAGCAGUACAGAUGAGAUAAAGAUCCUCCAUGAUUCUAGUGUCAGCAAGGCUGCUGAAUUAGCAGCUGGUUUUGCAAAUGCUUUAGCUGGGCUACCUCCAAAUGAUAUAGUUCAGAGGACUGCUGGAAGACUGGAUUCUCUUCAUUCGGAAGGCGUUCAUAGACUAUCAGAAAUGUGCUGCUUUGCUGUAACCCAACUUCAGAUGCUUGGGAAGGCAAUUAUUUCUAAUGCAAACAAAGUAGAAGACACAGAUAUUGAUGAGGAAAUGGUGAGAAUCAACUGGCCUGAGGAUUUUGUUGAUAAAGCUAAAAUCAUACGGUUUAAGGCACAAUCUAUGACUGGAAAUGUGGAAGCUAUUUCAGACUGCUUUAUUACAGGCAUGUCAGAUGUGGCUGAGGUCUAUCUGGCGGCGAUAAAAGGAGCUGGUUCUGAUUCACCUGAACAGCCUGAACUUCACCCAAAGAAUUUAAUUCAGGAAAAGGCUAAUUUGUUUUCUGAGAACCUUCGCGCUAAUUAUAGCACAGCCUUGGGUAAAGUUCAGGAUGGGCUCCAGUACUUAUCCUAUCUCGUUCUCUCGACUUCAAUUCCUACCGCAUAAAGUACUCUUGGGGACACUCUUGGGAAAUAUGUUCUCUCCGUUGUCCUUGAAAAUUACUGUAAAUAGUUUCACAGGAUUUGGUUCAGCAAUUGUUAGAUUUGGUCCUCCCUCUGAAAGUUUAUGAUUUCUGAAUCAGAUGAUGUAUGUUUUACAUGUAAUUUUUUUUCUCUUCUCCAUGGAAGUCUAUGUUUCCGGCUUCCCGCUAUUUUUCUGAGGGAAGAAAUAGAUGUUGCAUGGAUUGAUGAAAUGAAGCCAUCACCUUUAGACAAUUGCUUUGUCUAAAUCAUUGCAUCAUCGGUGACC